CAGCUUUGGACCAAAGCCCAGGAACACGCCUGCAAAAACAACCCUCACUCGAGUCCGCAAGUUCUUGGUGCGGCUUCAUUCGGGGCGAGGAAUAAAACAUAGAUUUCUUGCGAAGAAUCCAAAGGGCAACCGAGUCUGUGCUGGCCGAGGGGAAAGGCAACGUCUUCACCCAAAAGCUGGGAUCUGAAGCUUUUUCUCCUCAAUCCCGAAUUCUUUCUGCCCAGGCAUGGGACAGCUUCGGAUUCACCUCAGUUGCUAGUGCAGUGGCCAGAGGUGCCGGCCUCUCAACCUUCGCCUUUCCUGUGGACGGCCAAGAGACGCUGCAACAAAAUUCUGAUCACCCGUGGGAAAUCCCGAAAACACUUUUAAAUAAUCUAGACAUUAUUCCCUCCGUUCAGUUACAAGUCAGGCAGGCUCGGGGCGCUGCACUGCGUUACAUGAGUGUAUUGAAGAAGUGAUUUCAAGGUAUUUUUAACACUGCAAAAGAACAUAAUUGUAUUCUGUCCUCAAAGUAGUUUUGUCGCAACUGUAACUUCCCACUUGCUGUGUGUCUCUGAGUACUCGGCAUUUUUCCAAUAAAACCUACCUCCGAGGCGCAGUCAGAGACUGCGGGUCAUCUGGAGCAGAACACCAGUCGCUCGCUGUGUUUUCUCCUAACCUGAGUGCUCGGCCUUCCCGGACUUGAGGUACGGACAUUUCGGAGUUGUGUGCUUGCAAGAACAGAACCUUUUCAAGGGUAAAGAUUAUUUUUGUAUUCCGGUUUUAUUUGUAUAUUUCCAAGACGGAGGCAAAAUGAGGCGUCUCUUUAAACUCUGCUUGUGGAACCAAACCGGCACCCACUCCCAGGAAAGGAUAAUGGGGUAUGCGAGGGGGCCCCCUCGUCUCGUUUAGGGCAAGCAAGGUUUUGUCCAGCGGUGUGGGGACUGCAUAGAGUCCAGAGCUCCGAGAGGAUCUGAGCGCCCCAAGGUCUCACGUGCGCCACAAGUGGUUUGGGGGCGGAAGGAGGAGCGCGGCGACACCUGCCGCGCUGUCGGGCGAACCCAGAGGGUUGAACUCCUGGAGGUCCCCUCUAUCUCCUGUCAUUCACACUCCCCACCCCCCACCCCCACACUGUCCUGCCUCUUCAACUGCAGGAAUGACCGCCCAACUCCAACCUCCGCGCACCAGCAGUCAGGUGGGUGGGCGCGCGGCCACUAGACCGGCAGCUACGUGACCCCAGGGAGGGAGGCGCACAAGGCACUGGUACCGCGAGUCACAGAGGGGGACGCCCGCACCUAGGCAGCAGGUGCACAGGCGGCAGCGCGGGACACCGGAGUGACGGGCCGCUCCGGCCGGCCGUGAUGAGAUCUGUGGUUUCCAUCUCGUCGGAGGACCUGUGCGGUACCAAGCUUCACACAUGACUUAAUAAGGAAAUGCCAGUGGAGAAGAGGACACAGCAUGACUACUAACCUAUGACUCCUAACAGUAUGACAGAAAAUGGCCUUCCAGCCUGGGACAAACAGAAGCCCCGUCCAGAGCGAGGACAGGACUGGAAGCUCGUAGGAAUGUCCGAAGCCUGCCUGCACAGGAAGAGCCAUGUGGAGAGGCGCGGUGCACUGAAGGAUGAGCAAGCAUCCCCACACCUCAUCCAGGCCACUUGGACAAGUUCUAUAUUCCAUCUGGAUCCUGACGAUGUGAACGAUCAGAGCGUCUCAAGUGCCCAGACCUUCCAGACCGAAGAGAAGAAAUGUAAAGGGUAUAUCCCCAGCUAUUUAGACAAGGAUGAGCUGUGUGUAGUGUGUGGGGACAAAGCCACGGGGUACCACUACCGCUGCAUCACCUGUGAAGGCUGUAAGGGUUUCUUUAGAAGAACCAUUCAGAAAAGUCUCCAUCCAUCUUAUUCCUGUAAAUAUGAAGGAAAAUGCGUCAUAGACAAAGUCACUCGCAACCAGUGCCAGGAAUGUCGCUUUAAGAAAUGCAUCUAUGUUGGCAUGGCAACAGACUUGGUACUGGAUGACAGCAAACGGCUAGCCAAGCGGAAGCUGAUAGAGGAGAACCGUGAGAAGAGGCGCCGGGAAGAGCUGCAGAAAUCCAUUGGGCACAAACCGGAGCCCACGGAUGAGGAAUGGGAGCUUAUCAAGACGGUCACCGAGGCCCAUGUGGCCACCAAUGCCCAGGGCAGCCACUGGAAGCAGAAGCGGAAAUUUCUGCCAGAAGACAUUGGACAAGCACCCAUCGUGAACGCCCCAGAAGGUGGCAAGGUUGACCUGGAAGCCUUCAGCCAUUUUACAAAAAUCAUCACACCAGCAAUCACCAGAGUGGUGGAUUUUGCCAAAAAGUUGCCCAUGUUUUGUGAGCUGCCCUGUGAAGACCAGAUCAUCCUCCUCAAAGGCUGCUGCAUGGAGAUCAUGUCCCUUCGAGCUGCUGUGCGCUACGACCCAGAGAGCGAGACUCUAACCUUGAAUGGGGAAAUGGCAGUGACGCGGGGCCAGCUUAAAAAUGGGGGUCUUGGGGUGGUGUCGGAUGCCAUCUUUGACCUGGGCAUGUCUCUGUCCUCUUUCAAUCUGGAUGACACGGAGGUCGCUCUGCUUCAGGCUGUCCUGCUGAUGUCUUCAGAUCGCCCAGGGCUGGCCUGUGUUGAGAGAAUUGAGAAAUACCAAGACAGUUUCCUGUUGGCCUUUGAACACUAUAUCAAUUACCGAAAGCACCACGUGACACACUUUUGGCCCAAACUCCUGAUGAAGGUGACGGACCUGCGGAUGAUUGGAGCCUGCCAUGCCAGCCGCUUCCUCCACAUGAAGGUGGAGUGCCCCACCGAGCUCUUCCCCCCUCUGUUCUUGGAAGUGUUCGAGGACUAAGUGGACUGGGCAGGUUCUGCCAUUCCUGCAGCGCUACUGGAUGUCGAUUCAUUCCACCUCUGGCUCUUUGUGUUGUUGUUUCCUUGUUGCUUUGUGUCUGUCGGGUGGGGUCAUCCAGAGUCAGUGGGUCACAAGGCGGAGGCAGGGAGGAGACUGUCUCUUGAAUGUGGGUCUUUGUCGCUGUCACAUUUGUUCUCCAGUCCUCAGUGUGAGUGCUUUGAAGGGUUUACAGCAGUGGAGGGUGAGUGGGGGGACACUCAUUAUCUCACCAGCACCAGCCAUCACCAGCUCCCAUCUGUCCCUGGUCGGAGACUCAAGCAAGCCAAAUGGCACUGCAGAAAACUAAAGAAGCCUUAAAGCCACGACCGUGGUCAUCCUGAGCCAGUUCUGAUGUGCGCAGGGUGAAGCUGGCAGAGUCCAGGCCCCCUCGGGUUGGGUGUGGCUUUCAGCGUGUAAGGGUUAGAAGCAGAUUCUACCCAGGAGCUCGCCAUUUCCAGCACCCUGACUUGGAAUGUGCAGGAAUAGCCACACCAUAACCAGUCAGCUUUCCUUCCCAUGGCCUCUUGUAACCUGGUGAUUUACUUCAAGUUGGACAGAGUAUGACUUGAAGACUUGGCUGGUUUGAGGCCACAAGGAGAGUCUUUUUCUCAGCAUGCCCAUAGAGCUGGGAAAUCUCCAUCAACGUUACAAGCAUAGUUUCCAAAAUGCAAGUGGUAUUACCUCGAGCGGGAAGGCGUCUCCACGGCUUACAUAGAUUCACAAGCCAUUUCCACAAAGCUCAAGCCUGUUUACAGAGUGCCGUGUCUCUUUGGUGGCUCCGAACCAGUCCUUUCCCCAGCUCACAGAGGUCUUUAGCCAGGUUGUCUUGGGGGCUGAUGUCACUUCCCUAUGCAUUAGAACUUCUGGUCAGGGGGAGACACAUGUGUUGAAAUUCCAGUCUUGUUUGGGAAAAUCCCUGGGCAAGAUCAGUGCAGGAAUAUUCUGAUCGAAAGGAAAUGCACUACCCAUGGGCUAUCAUGGCGAAGGCUGUCCGGUGGCUGGAGGAUGCUUUCACUGGUCUUGGAUCCGUAAGAGCUUUACUUUAGUCACAAGUCUCGCCCAGCCCCUCCCCUCCCCACUACAGUCCGUGGUAUAAAGAGCUCGACUCUCUUUUAGACACUAAUUCUUCUAGAGCUUAAACAUCAUUACACUGGCAAACAGUCCUCACAAAACAACGGCAGACCAUGCAUAAAAACAGUUACCUGUGCUGCCCGGCCUACCCCCAGUGGCCGGCGUACAGUAGACGUUCCUGAGAAACAAGCAGCGACAACUUACUGCAAACGGGCAAAGGAUGUGCCCAUGCCACCGAAUGUCCCCCAUUCCUCACUGACACCGCAGCAUGAACCUACCCCUUUGCCUGCCUGUCACUGCCUUAUCCCGGAAAUACCGGGGAAAACAAGCCAUAUCAGCAAGACUUACUAAAAAACGAAAGAAAGGAAGUCACUGUGAAGAGUGAGGAACCGCCCUUGCAUUCAUUAGACUUGGAGCACACUUGGCCUCCCUGGAAGUCAGGGCACCUGAGUUCUAGUUUGUGCUUGGCCGCCUGGUCAGCUUAGAUCCUCACAGUUUCAGUUUUCUAACUGGGUAAAUAAGUCAAUCUAAAAUCCCUCUUUUUUUCUCUGUUUAUGACCUUCCAGUAAAGGGGUGGGGAGUGUCCUUGAAAGAUCCCUUUCAUAUUCAAAUAUGUUGCCUUUAGCAGACAAAAGGCAAGGCCCAUUCAAAACUAAGAAAUGUAUCUAUUCAAAAUAAGAGUUUGACUUGAAGAAGGCAGGAUGGCCUUGGAAGAGGAGAGGCACGGUGCUCAAAGUCUCCAGAGCCUGCGGAAAUAGCCUAGGGAGAAGGCACACUUGUGUGCUAAAGCAGUAGACCGACUGACUUCCCAGGUAAAGAAAAUGAGAACGCUCUGUGGACUUGGUGUAGACAUUAAAAUAGAAGCAAGAAGCUCCAUAGAUUCAUGUUUAACAUCCGUUGAGGGUUUGCUUUCCCAGGCAGCCUGUAGCCAGCCUCCUCCCUCACAAACUUCAUUAAACAUCUGUUCUCUCCGUCAACUCUCCUGGAGGACUUCUGUCCAGACAAUAAAAACAAGCUUGCUGUGAGGUAAGUUCUCCCAAAAGGAGAGGGAGGGAGGGAGGCCGGCUGGUGAGUCCCGCACAGGCUCACACUCUGCUAGGACACAAGAGUUUCUGAGGAAGUUUCCUGAUUCUGGUGGCUUCUGAAGGACAUCAGACACCUGGAUUCCAGCAUUAGUGCAGGACUUUGGACCUGGGUCAUGGAGGGUGCUGUAGGGAUUAACCACCACUGGGCACAAGCCCAAUCCUCGGCCGUCCAGUCAGUCCCAGCACGUUAUCCUCACUCUGUAAAAGUUCACCUUCUAGGGGCAGACCCUGCUCUAGCAAGCGUGCUGGAGGCUGAGCAUUCCUACUGAAUAAGAUAUGCAAGCUUCCGUCUUCUUCUGGCAGAAGGAACGAGGCCAGCAGGACAUCAGAAUGACUAAAAUCGUGCCCUCCUCCAGGAAACUCCAUUUUAUGAAACUAGAUUGUGAGGAAUUGGCUCCCAACUUUUUUUUUUCUUUUCUUUUUAAAAAGCGUUUUCUUCUAAUCUUGUCCAGACUUUCAAAUCAAGUGGAUGUGGUGGAAAGAACCCUCAUACCUGCCCCACUGUGGGGAGACAUUCCAGUCAAGGAAAACGUGCCCAUCCCGCCGGGAUGCUCACUUACAAAUCAAUGUAUGGAUGAGAAGGCUGUGCACAUACAAUAGACGUGUGUGUGUGCACAUGUGUGUGUGUACCUGUGUUUGUUCCCUAAAGUGUGCUUUGCACUUCAGUGUCAAUGUGCAGAACUUCCAGAAACUGGAAGGGAAAAGAACAACUUUUACUCUCUACGAUUCUGCUGACAACACCACGUGCCGCCUCUGAGAUUUUCCUAGUGUGAUGAGCCUCAGUCCUCAGUGAUGCGCUUGUGUGUUGGCGCCUCAGCGCAGCCCGUCCCCCGCCUGUGGCCCCAGUGCCACCUCCACCCAGUGCAAUCUGGGAGAGUGAGGCUGGCUCCACCCUGCACAUUAACCUGCAGGGCUGGCGCCCAAGCCUUGAUCUCCUCACACUCAGCCUCCCCAACCCAGCCUCAUGACCUGCUGGGCCUCUUCAGAGCAUGUCAUUGUCAGUGAGACAUCUUCAUUCUGUGGAAUUCAAACCUAUCCAUGUCAUAUUGACCUUUUGCUGCAUGAGUCAUAAAUUAUGAAAUCAGUCUUAUGGUUUUUGAGAUGUAGCCAGCGUUUUGUAAGGCUAAACCUUUUUCAUGAACUUAAUUGAAUAACCAAACACAGAUCCUCCUCAAAAUGAGAGACGACAAACAGUUGAAUCUCCUGGCCCUUUCUAAUGGCGAUGGCAUCAGGUCCUACAAUAAGCUCAUAAUUUCCUGUUAUUUUAAUAAUGCGGAAAUGUUAGCAUAGUGUUUCUUUUGAUAGUGAUAGACUGAUCCAUAUUUAAAUUUUAUAGAGAAGAAAUUUUAUUGUACUGUGAUGUAGAUAUUUAUUAUCCAGGUAAGGAUUUGCCCGGUGUGUAUUUUUUACAAUUGAAACAUUUUACUUUAAUCUUUAAAAAAAAAGAAAAAAAGACAUUAAAAACACACACAUACAAAAAAAGGCUAGGGAAAAAAAGGUUUGGCCUUAUCACAGAAUUUUUACUGUGUUGUAUAAAUGUUUGCAAAUGAAAAAUUACACAUUUCUAGUGUGUUUCCACAUUAAUUAAUGCGCCUUCAGGAGCAAUAUUGUGCAGGUAAACACUGAUUGUAGCUUUCUGUUGCACAGCUCAAGCUGACCCACCUUAUGCACAAGACAAUCAAAUGUCAGUCUUUCCUCUGAGGAUGUGGACAGUACUCACGAGAUCACACGUGAGACACAGGAAGAGACUGUAGGCAAGCCAGUGCGCUGAUAGGGAGACGGUCGGUCAGGGCAUGAGUGCACUCGUGUGGCCCAGUGCCACUUCCUCCCUUUGGUUGUGUUUUGUGACCUUGGCAUCUGUCAUUUGACAUCAUAUAGCCAAAGUAGUUCUCCAUGCUUUCUUCAGAGAAGAUGAUUCUUUUUUCCAUAAUGUUUCAUGCCCUGAGAAUCAGGAAAAAAAAAAAAAAAAAGGUACAGAAAAGAGAGGUUUACAGUCAGUGGAAGAUUUGUGUUUUGCAAACAGUGUUAAGUGAUACUGCUAGAUUGGUAAUAUUUUUUUCAGCCUAAAAUUGUUGAAAUCUGUGAUCAAAAUGUUUUAAACUAUCCAAAAAGAAAAUUUGUAUAUUUGGGAAAAUGGAUUUUUACAUAGCUUUUGUAUGCAGAUAUUAAAUUGUAAUUAUGAAUAUAGUGGGCAUAGAUACUCAUAAGCUUAAAUUCUAAAAAAGAAAAAAGAAAAAGCUUACAAUGGA